AUGUUUAUUAAGCAUGGUCCUCAAUCUAUUACUGCCUUAUUGGUGUAUGUGGAUGAUAUUGUUCUCUCUGGUAAUGAUUUGAUUGAGAUCCAAAAUAUUACAAAGUUAUUGGACUAUGCCUUCAAGGUAAAGGAUUUGGGUGAUUUGAAGUUCUUUCUAGGCUUUGAAAUAGCCAAAACACCUGCAGGGAUCAAUUUAUGUCAAAGGAAGUAUGCUUUAGAUAUUCUUAAUGACACUGGUGUGCUUGGAUCUAAACCAGUUUCCACUCCUUUUGAUUAUACUACAAGGAUUCAUCAACACUCAAGUUCUCCUCUUUCAACUGAGGGUGCUUCUUCCUAUAGAAAACUAAUUGGAAGACUGAUUUAUUUGGCCAACACAAGAGCAUAUAUCACUUAUGUUGUGCAGCAUUUAAGUCAGUAUGUUGCUGAACCUACCUCAGCUCAUCAACAAGCUACUUUUAGGAUUCUCAGAUACAUCAAAGGGUCUCCAAGUGCAAAGAUUUUUCUUUCUGUUGAUAGUCAAAUUCAUUUGAAAGGAUUUAGUGAUUCAGAUUGGGCUGAUUAUAUUGAUACAAGGAGAUCUAUUACUGGUUAUGCCAUUCAUCUUGGUAAUUCUUUGAUUUUAUGGAAAUCUAAGAAACAAGAUAUUGUGUCUAGAAGUUCUUCAGAAGCUGAGUAUAAAGCAUUAGCUAGUGCUGCUUGUGAGCUUCAAUGA